AUGGGCCGCAUCCUUCGCCUCGACGUGAGCAACUUCAAGUCGUAUGGAGGGAAGCAAGAGAUCGGUCCCUUCUACCGCUUCACGGCCGUGAUCGGGCCCAACGGCGCCGGCAAGUCCAACCUCAUGGACGCCAUCAGCUUCGUCCUCGGCGUCCACAGCCGGCAGCUGCGCUCGAACCAGCUCAAGGACCUCCUCCAUAAGGACGGGACGAACGACGUGAGCCCCGAUGGAGCGUAUGUCUCGCUCAUCUAUGGACUCGAUGACGCCGAGAAGGAGAAGAUCACGGCGCACCUCGGCGAGCUCCCGUCCGACGAGUUGAACUUCACGCGUCGCAUCUCGGACAAGGGCGUUGGGUCCUACAGUGUCAACGGCAGCGACGUGGCCCAUGACGAGUACGAAAAUAUUCUCAAGGACCUUGGCAUUCUCGUGAAGGCGCGCAACUUUCUCGUCUUUCAAGGCGACGUCGAGUCGAUCGCGUCCAAGAGCCCAGAGCAACUCACUCGCCUCUUUGAGAUGAUUUCGUCGUCGGACGAGCUCAAGGACGAGUACGAAAAGUGCAUGGAAGCCAAGAACGCGGCCGAGGAAAACACGAUCUUUGCGUACCAAAAGAAGAAGGGUCUCGCGGCCGAGCGCAAGAUCGUGCGCGAGCAAAAGGAAGAGGCCGAGCGCUUCAAGCAGAAGCGCAAGGAGCUCACGCGCGUGAAGCAGCACAACUAUUUAUGGCAACUCUUCCACGUCGCGGAAGAAGCGACAGGUCGCAAGCGCGUGAUGGACGACGCCCAAACGCAGCUCGACGAAAUCCUCGGUGACAACAAGACAAUUUUGGAUGCGUUCAAGGACAAGAAGAAGCAGCAUGCGUUGCAGCUCAAGGAGUGCCGGCAGCGCGAUAUGAACGCUAUGAAUGUGCAGCAGCAGCUCGACGCCGCGAUCGCACAAGAAAAGGUCAUGGCCAAGAAGGUCGAAGAGCAAAACGACGAGAUGGACGGAUUGCAUGCCGACCUUGCGGAGCUCAAGAAGGCCGAAGCUGUGCUCGCAGAGACCAAAGACGACGAAGAACUUGUGCUCGAGGGCAACCAACUCGAAGAGUACCAUCGCAUCAAAGAGGCGGCCUUGAUUGAAACCACAAAGUUGCGCAACGACUUGGCGUCGUUGGCGCGACAAGAGACGGCCGACGAAAGCCGACUCGCAACCUUGUCCCAAGAAGAAAAAGAGCACACGGAGGAAAUGAACCGGCUGAAGGAAGAUCGUAAAUCAGCCGAGGACCGACUUGUCGACAUCAAACGCGUGAUCACGAAGAGUAAGGAAGAGAUUGCGCAAGCUGAGAGCGACCUCCAGAACACGGAGCAGCACUCGCUCAAGACCGAGUUGGACAAGCUCCAGCUGCAACUGCGCAAUGUCAAGGACGACUGGCGCCAAAGCCAGGCCGAGCUGAAGAAGUCCCAAACAUUUGAUACGCUCCAGCGUCUCUUUCCCGGCGUCCGCGGUCGCCUCGUGGACUUGUGCAAGCCGAUCCAACGCAAGUACAACAUGGCUGUGACGGUCGCGACCGGCAAGCAUAUGGACUCGCUCGUUGUGAACGACUACAAGACGGGCCAAGAGUGCAUUCAGUACCUUCGUGACAACCGACUCGACAGCAUCUCGUUUAUUCCGCUCGACAAGAUUCGCAUCAAGCCCAUCAACGAGCGCCUUCGCGACCUCGGCGUUAAGCUUGUUGUGGACGUCAUUGACUGCGACCACGACAUCCAACCCGCCGUGCUCUACGCUGUCUCGGACACGAUCGUGUGCGACAACAUUGACGAAGCGCGUGAGAUUUGCUUCCAGCGCAACGAAAAGGUCAAGGCUGUGACGCUCAACGGCAUGGUCGUGAGCAAGAACGGCAGCAUGACGGGUGGUCGCACCCAGAAGGACGCCGCGCGCGCUGGCCGCUGGGACGAAAAGGAAACGCAGCUCCUCAAAGACAAGCGGGAUGCGCUGCAGUCGGAGCUUAUGGCUCUCGAGAAGGAAAGCACCGGUGCCGUGCGCCGUCAAACUCUCGAAACGAAGCUCGGGUCGCUCCGCAACCGUCUGCGUUACGCGACGGCCGACAUUGCGACGACCGAAGCCAAGAUCCCGAAGAUCAAGGCCCGUAUGCAAGACUGCAAGAAGCGUCUCGCUGCCCUUCUUCCUGAGAUCAAAAAGGUCAAAAAGUCGAUUGCAGCGCGCGCGACCGACAUGCGUGCGCUUGAGCACGACAUCCAUUCGGUCGAAGACGACAUGUUCAAGGACUUCAGCGAGUCGUUCGGCAUUGAAAACAUCCGCGAAUACGAAGAGAAGGUCGUAAAACAGCAGCAGGAGCGCAUCGACCGCCGUCGCAAGCUUCACAGUCACAUGGCCAAAAUCCAGGCGCAGCUGCAAUACUUGGAAGGGCACGACAACCGGCGUCGCUGGGACUAUUGCAAAGCGUCGAUCGCAAAAGAGACCAAGACGCUUGAAGACAUUCAGCACGAGAAGAAGUCGCUCGUCGCGCAGACGUCAAAGCUCGAAGCUGACAACAAGGCCAAGACAGACGCGGCGGCGGCGGCCCACGUCGCACUCAAGGCGAUCGAGACCGAGCUGAAGGCUAUGGCCAAGCAACGCGAGUCGCUCGACACGGACGUUGCGGACAUCCACAAGAAAAUCGCGGCCCAAGAGGCGGCGCUGGAUCGCUUGAAGGACAAGAAGCACGAAAUUCUCAAGCGUGCGACGAUGGACCAAGUGAAGCUUCCACUUGUGGGUCAUACCUCCGACGACGACAGCGAUGGCGACGUCGACAUGGUCGAGAGUCAGCAAUCGUCGAUGGGCGAUAGCAGCGUGACGCUGACGGCGCAGGCCGACAAGCGCUAUGUGGACGAAACCAUCGACUUUUCCGGGCUGGACCGCAUCUCAUUUGCAAACGACAAGGAGCGAGAAGACCUCGCGACCAAGUACGAGCAGCAGAUUGCGACGCUCGCGGCCGAGCUCGAGCGCAUGCAGCCCAACAUGAAGGCCCUCGAAAAGUACGACGAGAUCCAAUCUCGCAUCAGCCACGAAGAAGCCGAGCUCGAGCGCAUCAAGGCUGGCGCAGCAGAGGCCGCGACGCGCUUUGAUGAGGUGCGCGAGGCGCGCUACGAGCGAUUUAUGGAGGCGUACAACCACGUCUCGGGGUGCAUCGACAGCGUGUACAAGAACCUGACCAAGAGCUCCAAGCACCCACUGGGCGGUACCGCGUACCUCAACAUUGACAACCCCGAGGAGCCGUACUUGCAUGGCAUGAAGUACAACGCGAUGCCGCCCAUGAAGCGGUUCCGCGAGAUGGAGCAGCUCAGCGGCGGCGAGAAGACGGUGGCUGCGCUCGCACUCCUUUUUGCGAUCCACAGCUACCGGCCGUCGCCCUUCUUUGUACUCGACGAGGUUGACGCGGCGCUGGACAACAUCAACGUCAACAAGGUGUCGACGUACAUCCAAAAGUGCGACUUCCAGUGCAUCGUCAUCUCGCUCAAAGACUCGUUCUACGAAAAGGCUGAUGCGCUCAUUGGCGUCUGCAAGGACAUUGGCUCUCAGCGCUCCAAGUGCCUCACCCUUGACCUCACGGGUUACGAAGCCUAGCUUUAUCUAUUUCCUGCUUCUAAAUCCAUCAUGCUGCGCUUGAGCGUCUUUCGUUACCCGA